GUGGUUAAUGAAUAGCUUCCCGGUGCCUGCUUCAUUUAAUUGUUCAAAGGCCACUUGUUCCUGUAUAUAAGGCUGUGACCUAGCUAGUGAGUGCUCUUCCCCCGGCAGGCCUGGAAGCAGAGGAGUAGCAGGGUCAGACUGGUUCCAGAGAAGAAGGAUGCAGAACAGGACCGGGCUGAUCCUGUGCGCCCUCUCCCUCCUCACCGGCUUCCUAAUGAUUUGCUUGGGGGGCUUUUUCAUCUCCAACUCCAUCUUCCACUCCCAGAGGAAUCUGGUCGUGGCCUACGUGCUUCUGCCUAUGGGGUUUGUGAUCCUUCUGAGUGGAAUUUUCUGGGGCACCUACCGCCAAGCCAAUGAAAACAAAGAGAUGUUCAACCACGUGCUCAGACAACACCUUGCUCUCCAGGACCUGCCCCUGGCCACUGUAGACAGGCCUGACUUUUACCCUCCAGCUUAUGAAGAGAGCCUGGAUGUUGAGAAACAGGCCUGUCCUGCAGGUAGAGGGCUCCUAGGAUUCCCUCCUCCUCUGUAUACGGAGACAAGCCUUGAACUUGAAGACCUGGAAGACCCACAACCGGAGGCCCCGCCACCCUACCAGGAGAUCACAGCAGAUGCAGGGGCUCCAGCGAAGGCAGGGGAUGCUGAGGAGCCAAGCACGGUGCGGUGCUAAAGGCAGGGACUGCUCUCCAGCUCUCGGAACUCACCGGCUGCUGAGAAGAGAGGCUGGCCAGGGAGGGACUGGGAUGUUGCUCUGCCACCCUGCACUGAAGCAAGGGCCACCACAGGGACCAGGGACUCAAGUUUAGCCUUUCGAGAGCAGCAUGGGGUCCACGAAGGGGGUAGCCACCAGCAGGAAGUGGUAGCAGAAAAUUCUCACAAAGCCCAACCUAGAUGAACCUUAGAGAAGGUGUUUUCCAUCUCCUUCCUAACCUCAACCCCUCAGCCCAAGCCUGGAGGUGCACUCGCUGUGGGAGAGACAGCCAUAGCCUCUCACACGCUGCGUCCGAAGAACCAAAGGAAAGGACACGUGGGAGGCAGCCCUGUGUCGCCCACUGACUGUGCUCCCUGAGUGACACCAUCGCCCACACCUAGGAGUGUCAUUUUGUGUAUCAUUGUAUUUUAAUUAUGUGUGUUUUUUUCUUUUUCUAUAUAAAAGAAAGAGACUGGUUCAUUUGCUU